GUAUAAAAAUGGCAUUAUCCGAAUGAAAAAUCUUCAAAGGUAGGGUUAAUAAUAGGGUUUAAGAAAGUGAUUGAAUCUGAGGGGUUUAGAGAGUCGCAGACUCUGUAUGUUUUGUGAAAUCAAGUUUGAAUAACUCCCUGUGUAAUUGAAGCGCAAAAGAAAAACACCAUUAAUGGCGUCACGAGGGAAUUCAAAGGGAAAGGGAAAAAUGGGCAAGGGUUCCAAGGGCCAUGAGAAUAAAUCACUCACUAAACGCUUCAAAGAAUGGACGACAUGGACAAUGAAGGUGGCUAAGACUACAACCCACUACGGCUUCAUUCCACUGAUCAUUAUCAUCGGCAUGAAUUCGGAGCCCAAGCCUCAGCUUGCCCAGCUUCUCAGUCCAGUGUAAUUUCGAGCCUUAUUGCUCAAAUUUCGGAGGGCUAUACCUUAUUAGAGUCCUCGAUAUAAGGUAUAUCGGACGUCUUUAUGUUAUAUGAUAUUAUGUCCUCGACCCAAAGGUAUAUUGUAAGUCUCUAGAGUUUGUUCCC